GGAAGUUGGCGGUCAUGGCGGCAAAUAAAGAAGCCAUAGCGAUUGUGCUGGACAUUGGUCCUUCUAUGAAUAAUGCACCCCCGGGUGAGGAGACCCCAUUGCAGACAGCGGUGGAUGCCAUCAAGAUGAUACUACAGAGGAAGAUGUUCUCAGAAUCCAAAGAUGAAGUCAGUCUGGUUUUGUUUGGGACGCCAACCACUGAUAACCCACUGGCUGACGGUGAAAGCUACGAGAAUAUCAGCAUUGUACGGCCCCUCGGAGUGGUUGACUUCGACUUCCUUCAGCAGGUUCAGAAUGACAUAACGCCCAGCAAUAUGUCUGCAGAUUUUAUUGAUGCACUAGUGGUUGCCAUGGAUCAUCUGGUGAAUGCAACACAAGGGAAGAAGGGUUUUGGAUCAAAGCGACUAAUUCUGCUGUCAGACCUGGGAGGAGAGUUUGGUAAAGACCAGAUUGAUACCAUUAUCGCCGGGAUCAAGAAUUCAGGGACUGAACUCAAUGUCAUAGGGCCUGAUAUUGACGAUGAUGAGGAUGAUGACAGUGAGAAGCCGGGACCGAGCGGUGCCGCUAACGGACAUCAGAAGGCCAAGACCCGUCAGCAGCGGGAGGGAGAGGCCAUGCUGAGGAGGAUCCUAGAGGAAGUGGAGGGGGAGUGUUACAACUUCAGUGAGGCACUACCAGCUCUGAGCUACUUCCAAAUGAGACAAGUCCGGCCAACUCCAUGGAAAGUCCAGCUGGAGGUCACCUCUGAUGUCAAGAUACCUGUCUGUUCUUAUAUCAAGAUAAAGGACUUUAAAGUGAAGAGCUUUAAGAAGGUGUACGCCAAGGAUGAGGACGCGGCGAUAGACACGCUGAGAACGUACCACAAAAACGACGAGGAGGAAACAGAGGUGGAGAAAGAGGAUAUCGUGGAAGGUCACAGAUAUGGGACGACGCUAGUUCCAAUGUCGGAGGACGACAAACUCAACAUGAAGUACAAGGCAGAAAAGUGCCUAAAGACUCUCGGCUUCACUAAGGCAGAAAAUAUAAAGAGACAUCAUUUCAUGGGAGACAACACACAUUAUGUUGUGGCCGACAAAGAUGAUGAGGCUGCAGUGGUGGCCCUUUCUGCCGUAAUUAAUGCCUUGUAUGAAACUAAUAUGGCUAUGAUUGUCAGGAAAGUGUACAGUGCUGCCACAGCCCCCAAACUGGGGUGCCUGAUGCCACACAUAAAGUCUUCUUAUGAGUGCCUGAUUUAUGUAGAGCUGCCUUUCAUGGAGGACAUUAGACAGUACACAUUUGGUUCACUGCCACUGAAAGGGGAAACACAGGCAAACAAAAAGUAUAAACCCACAGAUGCACAACUAGAGGCCAUAAAUGAGUUAAUUAAUGAAACAGAUCUCUCACAAGCUGCAGAAGAUGAAGAUGGAGAAAAAACAGAAGCAUUAAAACCCAAGUUAAUAUUUAAUCCUUAUUUUCAAAGACUUUAUCAGUGUCUACAACAUCGCGCUUUAGAACCACACGAACCUCUUCCUGAGUUAUCGCCCCUGAUAGCGAAUUCCCUGAAGCCUCCCCAGGAAGUCGUGACGCGAUGCGAGGCCCAGUGUGACAAGAUCAAGGAGCUGUUUAAAUUAGAAGUCGUCAAGAAGAAGGAGGACAAAACAGGAGAGAAUAUGUUUAAACAAAAAGAAGAGGAGGAGCCGUCAUCGAAGAAGAUUAAGUUAGAUGAUGACCUGGGAGGUGGCUUAGCAGGCAUGACAAAGGCAGAUGUCACAGAGGUUGGCACAGUGACUCCAGUGGAUGAUUUUAUCACACUCAUUAACCAGAGAGACGCGGAUAGAUUCGAGGAAGCCUCUAAACAGAUGCAGCAGCGUGUGGAACAGCUAGUGACAGAUUCCUUCGGACCCCAGUUUUAUGGAAAGGCAUCAGACUGCUUAAAAGCCCUGCGGGAACAAUCUGUAAAGAAGUCAGAGCCCACACUGUACAAUAAUUUUAUGAAAAAGUUCAAGGAUUUCCUGAUAGAGAAAGGAAGACGAGAUUUCUGGGAAUUGAUUGUAGACGAGAAGCUUGGUUUGAUCACUAAGACAGAAAGUGAGGACAGCCGAGUGACGCUUGAGGAAGCGAAGGCCUUCACUACGGAGGAAGAGGAGAAGAAGGAGGCGUCCCAGGCACCGGCCGAGGGUGAUGACGCUGAAGAUUUAUUGGACCAGAUUUGAGAUGUACAAGUCAACAGUGUUAAGCUUAUACAGGCAGCUUGUGUUGUUUCUACAGGACUAUAAAUUCUUAAGGAGUGAAAACAUAUGGCAGUUUACUUACAUUGUAUCUGUACAAACAGACAGUCUUGACAAUCUGUAGCUGAACUAGCUUCUGGUUCUGAUCUCCAAAACUGCAAUAGAUACAUGUUUAUGAUUCUCUUGGCUUAGAGAAACAUUGUACAGAUUGUAACUGAUCUAUAUAGGGGACCUUUCUGUGUAGUGUGGACAACAGUCCUAGAACUGUUACUAUAAGAAAACUUGUAAUAGCAUACAAGCGUUGUCGUCCAUUUCUACAUAUUAGUAUUGAAGGUUGUAAAAAAAAAAAUGAAACUAAAAAUAAUAAAAAUAUGGACCUAUUGAAA